CCACGAUCGACUAUAUAACGGCCCAGGACGGACAGAAACGCAGUCGUCUCAUCCAGUUUAUGGUUGGGUCAACAUUUGUUCAGACACUUGUGAAUUUUUCAUUAGGAAAACAGACCGUGUUGUUCCUCAGUGUCCCCCGCGGCUCGCUCUAAGAGGCUCCUGGACGCCAGUGACGUUGUCGCCCUUAAUAUCAACACCCAACAGCAGUUCAUCUCCCAGUGACGAGUGUUGACUACCGAGCACCAUGUCUGGUUCUUCGCAGGGCACUGUGACUGAAUAUGUCGUCAAAGUACCAAAAGCAUACAAGAGAAAGUACAACAUGAUGCGGUUUCAUGCAGCCCUUGGUGUUGACUUCAAGUCCUGGACCCAUACAAAGAUGGAACGAGAGAAUAAUUUGAAGGAAUUCAAAAGCCAAGAGGAAGAGAUGCCCAAAUUUGGAGCUGGUUCAGAGUUUGGACGUGAGCAGAGAGAAGAAGCAAGACGAAAGAAAUAUGGGAUUAAUGUGAAGAAGUACAAACCUGAGGAUCAACCAUGGAUCCUUAGUAUUGCCGGAAAGAAUGGCAAAAAAUUCAAGGGUAUUCGUGAGGGCGGAGUGUCGGAAAAUUCUUCAUGGUACGUGUUUAUGCAGGGUAAGGAUGGUGCUUUUGAAGCAUAUCCAGUUGAAGAAUGGUAUAACUUCAAGCUUAUUCAGCGCUAUAAGUACCUCAAUGCAGAGGAAGCCGAAAAGGAAUUUGAAAGGCGUGACAAAAUUAUGAAUUACUUUUCUGUAAUGUAUCAGAAGAAGCUCAAGAAAGAUGGGGACGAAGUACCAGAUGGCGAUGAAGAGGUCACGAAGAAGAAGGGCUCUGCCGGCAAGAGUUUGUUGCUGUCUGAGCUGGAUGACUGGAUGUCCGAUGGUGAUGAAUCUGAAGGUGAAGAAGAAAGAGAAGAAGAUUCUGAUGACAUGGCUAAAGGCAAAAAGAAAAAUAAAGUUCAGGCCAAAGGCAGAUCCCAGCAUGGUGGAAAGAAGAAGAAAACUUUUGAUGGAGAGAGUGAUGAAGAUUGCUUAGAAGAAAGUGAUGAGUUUGAUGAUGGUGCUGAGCAUGAUUACAUAUCUAGUGAUUCCUCAGACUCUGACGCGGAGAACGAUGAGAUUGUGAGAAAAGAGUUAGCUGGGGUGGAUCAGGAAGAUGCACUUAAAAAGCUGCUAGAUUCUGACGAGGAAGAUGAGGAGGAAAAGGACAAAGAAAAGGAAAAGGAGAAUGAAGAGAAGCAGGAAACUGAAGAAAAGGAAGAAAAGGAUAAAAAGAAGAAGAAAAAGAAGAAGAAGGAUAAGAAAUCAGAAGCUAACAAAGAGGAAUCAGAAGCCAAGUCUUCAGAUACCAGUGAUGAUGAGCCUAGCAAUAAGAAGAAGAAGAGGGACAGGAAUUCAGAUUCACACAAAAGUAAAUCUGAAGAUGGAUCUAGUGGUAAACGCAAGCUGAAGGCCAAUCCUACUGAAAGUGUGGCCAAGAAGCAGCGUACUGAUAUGGGUGCAGGAGGGUCCUCAACACUUGCAGCUUCUCCAGGAAGUGACAGCGGUGUGACAGAGGAGUCCAUUAGAAGAUACCUGAUGCGCAAGCCUAUGACCACUACAGAGCUUCUUCACAAGUUCAAGUGCAAGAAGACUGGUCUCAACUCAGACCAACUUGUGCAUGCCAUUGCUCAGAUCUUAAAGCGAAUCAACCCAACCAAGCAGAUGGUUAAAGGCAAAAUGUAUCUUUCUAUAAAACAAUAAUGUAGUAGUCAGUAUACAAAGAUUAUUUAUCUUACAAAUUUUAUUUCUGAGGAGGAGUAAGGCAUGUGUGCAGUUGAAACCAUCUAGCCUUUUGCGCCAAACUGAAGAUAAAGUGCCCGGUUAAAUUCUUUUUUUAAAACAAUUUUUUUUUUUUUUUUAAUUCUAUUUUAAUAUUCAUUAAAUUUUUUUGGUUCUGAAUUGUCUUGUAGCAGGUACAGUACCUUGCUUAUUGCAAGCACGCAUGGAAGAAGAGUGGACAAAAUUCAAAUAAACAAGACAAAAAUUA